UCGGGAAGGGUUUGUUUAAAAUACAAUGGCGGCCUCAUGGAAAGGUUCGCCUCUGUUAUUAAAUUUUGAAAGACGGCACAGCUAUGCUAAACCAGGAGGUCAAUUUAAAGCAACUCAGAUGUGGAAUGAGCUGAUUGAAAUCUUGAGACACCGAGUUGAUGUCAAACGUCGUAGACACCUGAUGAAGUACUAUGAUGACUGUUUCACUGGGUCAGAUGCUGUGGAUGUGAUGCUGAGACAUCUUUUAGAUGAAGGGCAGGCAUGUGGGAAGGAAAUCAGCAGGGAGAAUGCUAUUAAACUGUGCCAAACUUUUAUGGAUAACAACAUCUUUGAACCAGUAUGCAGCAAAGCCAGUUCAAGUGAAGAAAAGAAGUCAAUGUUUGAAGACAGCAGUAACAAGUUUUACAAGUUUAUAGAGCCGCCUGACUCUGAAUAUGGCUUCAGUGAUGAAAAUAUUGAUGAAGUAGAUACAGAUAUGAUGGACAAUCAUGAAGUGAAGGAAACACUUCCAAGAAAAGAUACAAAAAUGAGAAUUCAUAAAGAAGUGGAGCCUGAUCUGAUAGAUGGAGAGGGAGUGUACAGUAACCCAGUGGUGGUGAAUCGCCAGGGACAAGUCUUACAGGAGAUCAUCAAUAUCAAAGACUCGAUACGAAAGAGAAGCUCAGACAUAUCAGACUCUAUGAAAAGGAAAAGCAGGGAUUUUGUCAAAAAGAACUUUACUCCGGAUGUAUUUAGGAGUCCACCUAAAAUUGCUUGGCAGGGCAAUCAAGGGACACCUCUUUCAGACUGCUUAAAGAAGAGACGUAUACCUGCAGAAGGGUUACGGAAGACGCUAUUUGAAGAAAAAUUUGCAAUAAUGAAAGAAGAGCUAUUCAGAGAGGCAGCUUUGGCAAAACUUCUAACGAUUAUUGACUUGCCAAUGCUAGAUGGUAUCUUGAUGGAUGCCAGCCGAGAGAAGAAAGCAACAAGGCAUAAUACUGUCAUAUUCAACACAGGUCAUGCUAGUCCCUGUUAUAUUGGAUCAGAAAGGCCCAGUGAUCCUUGGAUAAAGGGAGCCCUGAGCCUGCUGGACCACAUCCCAGCAGGCAUCUCCGUCCUCACCAGCCUGGCCAACGAGCUCAUGUCUGCCGAGGAGCAGAAGUGGAGGCUGUUUCAGACCCUAGCAGGCCACUACAGUGCAAUGCCCCAACCUUUGCUGUCAGACAAAUGCCUGGAUCUCUAUGUUGGGAUCAUCAAACUGAUCAGUGAAGGAAAGCGGUCUGGCUUGGAAGCUCUUCAACUUAGCAUGUUGCUGUUGCCCACGGACAUAAGAGCCGAGUUAAAGAAGCUCCUCAAGUUCAUGCAAGUGGCGGCUUCUGAUGGUGAAAUGAAGCUUGAUCCAAAGCUGAGUAACAGAGAGGCAGUGAAUAACAUAUUCACUGGGGCUGUCUUCAAAUGUAAGCUGCUUGCUCCACAGCCUACAAGUCUUCUGGUCAUGUUCAUGAUGGACAACUGUGAUGCUGUUUUUACUACUCCUAAAGACAUUAAGUUCAUGGUUAUGCAAAGCUUACAACAGAUGAAGGGCUCUGAAAUGGACCCAGUUGUUGGUAAGAAUUUGGAGCAUGAGAAAGCUGGGAUCUAGCCAGGAAGUGCA